AUGGACAACUCCACCACCAUGAGUUACAGUGGCGAUGAGACAGAAGGCAGCGGCGGCGGAUUCGCAUACGGCAUAGGAGUCUCCGUCGGCGUCUUGGUCUUAAUAAUCAUCGUAACCCUCCUCUCCUACUUCUGCACUCGCAUGCGUUUCCCUCCAAACUACCCGUCGUUUCGAAGAUCGUCAAGCGCCGUCAGGCAGCUGCAACUCCAAAACGCCGCAGCAGCUGGUGGUGUUGAGUUGGGUCUUGACGACUCCGCUCUACGCAACUUCCCUCAGCUGCUCUACUCCCAAGCGAAGCUCCAUAAAAGUGAGUCAACGUCAACGUCAACGACUACUACGAGUUGUUCUAUAUGUUUGGGUGAUUACAAAGACACAGAUGUUUUAAGGCUGCUGCCUGAUUGUGGUCAUCUUUUUCAUCUCACGUGCGUCGACCCUUGGUUGAGGCUGCGCCCCACGUGCCCGAUUUGUCGGAACUCCCCUGCCCCAACUCCGAUCGCUACUCCGCUUGCUGAGGUAGCGCCCUUGGCUGGGAGACGAGACUGA